GCCCGGCCGCGCCCAGAAAAACGAGUCGCACGACUCGUCCCUCUCCUUCGCUCGAUCCCCAACCUCCCCACUCGCGCUCGCGAUAGGGUUACAGGGCCGCCGCCGCCCGACAGCCCGCCCCUCCCGCUCGCCGGAAGCCCGCUGCUCUCCCCCGCCCGCUCGCUUCGAGGCCCGCAGCCGUUGCUCCGCCCCGGCCACUCCUUCGCCCCGCCUGCUCGCCUCGAGGCCCUCAGCCGCUGCUCCGCCCCGGCCGUUGGCCUCGACACCCGACGCCGCCUCGCCGGAGUUUGCUCGGGCCGUCGCCUAGGCUGAGCUCUCAUCUCCUCUCUGUCUUCUCUGUUCUGUUCUGGGUGCAGCUCUAUUCCUUCUUGUUCGUCUCUGUUCCUAGUGUACAUGGAAAAAUGGAUGGAUGUUUGUUUGUUUGGUAGGAGUAGAUGAUUUGCUUGAUGGCUGAAUGGAUGUAUGCUCGUUUUCAUGCUCAUAUUCGACAUAAAUUGUCCAAAACAACUACUCCCAGUUUUAGUUUUAGCAAUUCAACACACAGUUUUAGUUCAGGGACAUUACAGACAUUUUAGCACACAACUCAUCCCAUAAAUCUCAGACCACAAUCUUAGAAAAGAGCUCGACAGCUGAUUUUGGGUGAUUCUGCAGGGAACUGAUUUUGGGGGAAGUUUCUCAAAAGCUGAUUUUGGAGACUGCGCGGUGGCUAUUUUGCGGCGGAGGAGGGGUAUGCGCAUUAUUUUGUCUCUGCAUAGUAGCGAUUUGAAUUUGAUAAGUAUAGGCAUAAGAGGGGAGAUUGGAGGCGGUGGAGAUGCAAAUCCUCUCGCGCUCGAUUACUCGAAGCGUCAGCAGGGUUGCCUCUGCUCUGCCUCGCUGCUGGUUUCCAGCACUUGCGCGAGGAGAUGCUCCACGAAAUCAACAUCUUGAUCGUCUUUUCCUUGAGAAGAGUACACUGAAUUGGCUGCGCCAGUUCUCCAUACAUGGCGUGAAUGAGACGAAGACUAAUAAUGCAGCAGAGGACAGUGUCCAGACGUUAAACACUAGUUUAACUGAAGAUACAUGUUACAUGCCGAUAAUUUCAGGGAGCAGCCACCGUGAUGAUAUACAAGAGAGCGGCUUAUUGGGAACAUAAUUACUUUUUUGAUAUCGCUGACCGUACAGAGACUCGGUUGGAGCCAGCGCGUGCAUACGAUAUACCGCGUAACAUGAUGCAGAUCUUUUCAAUGAAGUUAGCUAAAGCUCCUAUCAACAGUGGCUCAAUACAGUUAUAUGGAUAUAUAGCAGCACGUGAUGAAGUUGAUCUAAGACUCAAUUAUGUUUUCAAUCGUAGCAGGGAUGAUCCCAUCAUCGUGCAGCAGGGUUCUCUAAUUGAAAUGAACGGCCCUAAGAGAGCCAUCCUGUUGAUAUUUGAUGUGCUACUUGAGUUUGACAUGAGGAUCAAGAAUGGGGAGAAUGAAGAGGAUGAUUUACAGCUGAUUGAUGGAAUCUCAGAAUUUGACGGUUUACGCAUGUCGUGGAGACCGCACGAGGUUCGCAUUGGUGGAAAUUGUGGUGCAGUUGAUACGUCUUUUGCACUUGUUCAUAGUUCAGUUGAGGCCACAGUACAAGUUAUCAUAUCAAAAGUGCAGACUGGCUUUGAUUUAUCUCUCAGUUCUACGAUUGCUCUUCUGGAGAUGAAUAAAGAAUUCCAGCUCUUCAGUGGAAAUAUUAGUGAGUCCUGUGGCUUAGAAAGCUUUGUGAUUGCUGUCACAUGGGAUACGCUGAUGAAUUUGAAGUUCAAGGUUGAUCACGAAGGCUGUAACAAUAAUAUUGAACGCAAUUGUUCCUUCAAAGCUAAGUUAAAUGGACACACCAGCCAUCAGCUAAAUCUCGAGACUGCCUCAAUUUUAGUUAAGGUGACUUGGGCUGUGUUGCCUGCAUCGUUGAGCAAUUAACAGUAUUGUGUAGUCCUGCACUGAAUGGAUUUGUUUACUUGGGUAAAUGUUGUUUGCAGUCAUGAAUUCUGGCAUUAACUACUGUAGACCUGAUGUCAUUGCUUUCUAAGAUCACUUUGAAACCUGCAGUUGUGCCGAAAGCUGGGUCAGUUUUCGUCCUCCAAGCUGGUUGCUGGAAGGUGACACUGAUCGGUGACAAACUGUCACCAAAGGAGAAGUUGAAGGAAACCCAGUGUCUGCAGUGUGCGCAAUCACCGAUCAGUUAGAGUUUCGAGCCUGUUAGACUCUGUUUUCUGACAAAUUUUGCCCACAGUUUUUCUUGUUUAGUCUUUGUUUCUGUUGAUUAACGUCAGUCUAUCCCUUCAUUGCUUAGCACCUGGCAGUUCUUGUUGCUCCACAUUGUAAGCCUCUCACACCUAGCAAAGACGCAACACUGAGAAAUUCCUUGGUUAAUUCGAACACGCUUGUUGUGCAAGCUGCAUCCUUGUAGGAUAGCAACUACCAUACCAUGAUCAAUCGCAGCUCCUUAUCAGAUCUCUUUUUGAUCAAUCAUAGGUGACCAGUUGAGGUUUAUGUUACUGGCCGGGUGAAAGUUUGGGUGUCGCGUUGCUAACGUGUUGCCUCGCUUGCUAGCUUAGCCAAGCAGGCAUGUAUUGCAGCGCCGAGGAAACCAUAAUCUGUGGGCUGUGGCGGAGCGGCGGCACCGGCGCGGGAUGAAGCUGCUUGCCGCGGAUCCCUUGCCGUGGGAAGGACUCCGGCGUGGAAGAAGACGCUGCGCUAUUAGUUAUACAGUAGAUAGAUGCAGGAGGUUUUGUGCGCUGUUAUUAGACGCCCUCAUUCGGUGCAUGAAUCGUCGCCGUCGUGUACCAUUCCGUAGCAGUCUGUGACGCCCCUGCUGAACCAAGGGCCAGGCACGCCAAUCAUCUUCUCUGCGCAAACCAGCCUCAGUUCCACAAGUUGACAUGAGGGCAUGGUGUACAGAAUGACUGAAGAAGGAUGACACAUCGGCCAGUGUAGGGAAAAAAGGUGAUGUGCCGAGGCAUCCUGGAUGUGUGAAUUCUAUAGGUCAUGCACACAUGCCAGUUAUCCAUCCGUUCCUGGUGCCUCUUAUGCCUACGCUUAUCAGAUUCAAAUCGCUACUAUGCAGAGACAAAAAGGAAUGAACAAUACCAAUACAUAGAAGUAAGAUGAGGAACAGGGAGGAUCGCUCCUUAUAGACACUUGGGUACAUGCGGUACAGCUAGUGACUUGAAGUCAUCGGAUCUUUGUUGGGUCAGUAGCUACGAAUUCUUUGGUUAUGAGCUUGGGUAAGAGCCCAUGAGAUCCUUACACAAAUGAUGAAGUUGUUUUGUGUUUGUCCUUGGCUAGAUCAGUCUAU